GCUGUAACCAAAAUCAACAAUUUUACGUGUCUUUUCUCAACAGAGUUGGCACGGUUUUUUAUCAAUAUGAAGACUCCUUUGCGGUUUCUGUGUUCAACACUCAGCAAAAGAGAAGAUAAAACAGCAUCAUCACUGCAACUUUGAAGCGUUGAGUUUGUCUCAUUUCUUGUUUCAAUUACUUGUACCAAUACGACUCGAAAAUGAAUUUCUCCUUAGAAAACCAAUCCCUUUUUCUAAACAUUUUCAACGAUUCAUUUAAAAAGGGAAUAGGCGAGGAGUGUAGUUUGCCCUUGGCCAUUGUUUUCACCUUAGUCCUGGCAUAUGGAGCUGUUAUAAUACUUGGACUCUCUGGAAAUCUGGCUCUCAUUAUAAUCAUUCUAAAGCAAAAAGAAAUGCGUAAUGUCACCAACAUACUUAUUGUAAAUCUAUCCUUUUCUGAUCUGUUGGCAACAAUUGUUUGCCUCCCUUUCACCUUGGUUUAUACUCUCAUGGACCACUGGAUUUUUGGGGAAGUUAUGUGCAAGUUAAAUGAGUAUGUCCAGUGCAUCUCAGUAACAGUUUCCAUUUUUUCACUGGUUCUCAUUGCCGUUGAACGUCAUCAACUUAUUAUCAACCCUCGAGGAUGGAGACCAAGUAAUAGACAUGCCUGCAUUGGAAUCACAGCAAUAUGGAUUGCUUCGAUGGCUGGUUCUUUGCCCUUUAUGAUGUACAGUAAUUUAACUGAUGAACCAUUCCGGAACAUAAGUAUUGAUUUAUUCAUCGGAAAAUAUGUUUGCAUACAAGAGUUCCCAAAUGAAAAAUUUAGACUAUUUUACAAUACUCUGCUUUUUGUAAUACAGUACCUUGGACCUUUAUGCUUUAUAUUUGUAUGCUACACAAAGAUAUUCUUAAGACUAAGAAGGCGCAACAAUAUGAUGGACAAGAUGAGAGACAAUAAGUACAGAUCCAGUGAAACAAAACGAAUCAACGUGAUGUUAUUAUCUAUUGUGGUGGUAUUCGCUUUCUGUUGGCUACCUUUUUUCAUUUUUAAUAUGGUGUUUGAUUGGAACCAUGAAGUCAUCGAAAUAUGCAACCACAAUUUAUUGUUUUUGAUUUGCCACCUGACCGCAAUGAUCUCCACGUGCGUGAAUCCAAUUUUCUAUGGUUUCCUCAACAAAAACUUUCAAAGGGAUUUGCAAUUUUUCUUUAAUUUUUGUGAUUUCCGGUCUAGAGAAGAUGAUUAUGAAACUAUAGCUAUGUCUACCAUGCACACUGAUGUUUCGAAAACAUCUUUAAAGCAAGCAAGCCCAAUAGCAUAAAAAUGAAUGAUGUCUGUUUAGUGGCAGUAAGUGUGUUGGCGUUUUUUUAUCCUACAUAAGCACAUAUGUUUUGUAGCAUCAAGCAUCGCAUUUGAAUGCCUGUGUUCAGAAUUCAGAACAUUAGCAUGUUAUUUGGACUCUGGGAACUUGAGCAAUGGUCAUGCUCACCAUUCCGACACAUUUCACUCGCUGCCAUCAUUUUAUAAACUACCAUUUUGGGGAAAAAAACGUAAAUCAUUGUGCAUCUAUGUGUUCUGUGGUCCGGAGAACAAGUAGAAUUAUUAUCACUUAAAACUGUGAAUGUUACACUGUUUUGUACCUAACACAAAUCUUUAUGCCUAAAUAUAGCCACUGUAUAACUUU